UCAAUCUCCUUUUGUCAUGGAGACUAACCCACUUCAAGAAGAACACAACCAUGUCAUUUCCAUCUCCGAAAUUAACAGCAAUCACUUAGCUUCCAUGUACCAAAAGAUUGCAGAGCCUCCGAGACUUCUCAGCAAUGCCGCCGGCAAACCCUCCUGCAGCAUCUUCCGAGUUCCACAGAGCCUCCUCGAGAUAAACGGCAAGUCGUACCAGCCCCACAUCGUCUCCAUCGGCCCAUUCCACCGCGGCGAGCCCCAUCUCAGAAUGAUCGAGGAGCACAAGUGGCGAUACUUAGGCUCUCUGCUGUCAAGAACAGAGCCUCAAGGGUUGACUCUAGGCUCUCUGCUGUCAAGAACAGAGCCUCAAGGGUUGACUCUCCAGCACUACUUAAAAUCCAUAGAGCCAAUGGAAGCUAGAGCUAGGGAGUGCUACUCUGAAACAAUACACCUCAGCUCUGAUGAGUUCGUCGAAUUGAUGGUUCUUGAUGGUUGCUUCUUAAUCGAGCUGUUUCGAAAAUAUGGUCGCGUGGUUCAGUUUGAGCGCGAUGAUCCACUCGUCAAUAUGCUCUGGAUAAUUCCGUUUAUGGUUAGAGAUUUUCUUCGUCUUGAGAACCAAAUUCCUUACUUUAUUCUUGAGCAUUUAUAUGAUCUGAUAACUACGUCGGAAGAUCGUCAAGACUCUGUGAAGUCUUUGUCCUUUCUUGCUUUGAAUUUCUUCAACAACCAUAUGAACAGGCCGGACGAAGUCAUAGCAAGGCUGCAUUAUCUUACAGGUAAGCAUUUGCUCGACUUGCUCCGGUCAAGUGUGAUACCAGUUGACCAUGUUGAGCCAGGACAGACUACUCCAUCCCAUAUUAUACAUUGCGUUUCAAAGCUUCGUCGUGCUGGAAUCAAGCUCAAUCCUCCUAAAGAAUACGAAAGCUUCUUGGCCAUCAAGUUUAAGCGUGGAGUUAUCGAAAUGCCCAAAAUCACCAUAGACGAUUUCAUGAGCUCGUUCUUGUUGAACUGUGUGGCGUAUGAGCAAUGCCACAAGUCAUGCUCCAAACAUAUGACCACUUACGCUACGUUGCUGGAUUACCUCGUCAACACUUACAAGGAUGUUGAGUAUUUGGCUGACAGAGACAUAAUUGAGAAUUGCUUCGGGAACGAUGAGGAGGUUGCUCAGUUUAUUAACAAUCUGGGGAAGGACGUGGCUUUCGAUAAUGAUCGGUGUUAUCUGUCGAAAAUGUUCGGCGAGGUUCAUAAAUAUUACGGGGAUAGUUGGCAUGUUUACUGGGCUAGCUUCAAGUACACUUACUUCGACACGCCAUGGUCGUUCAUUUCGGCUUUUGCUGCGUUGGUUUUGCUUAUACUCACCUUACUGCAGACCUUAUACUCUCUUCUCAGUUAUUAUCAUCCCUAAUGUCGUCUUGGUUCCAAGGCCGCUAAUAUGCAAGUAUCAAGAUAAUAGACGCUAGCGAUGGAUCCCUCCCUCUUGACUCGUACACCCGGUGGAGGCUUUGUUGUGUCUUGGCGUGAAUGCCCUGAAGCCCUGAAGGUACAGUGGGUUUGGGUUUGGUUUUGGGUUUGAGGUUGCUUUCUAAUGUGCAGAGACGAGGCAGUCAGACAGUCAUCCAUUACGGCUAGGGUUUCUUACUGUGCAAUAGUUUUUCCAAUUACGUUCUAAUUUUAUUUCAUUUUAGUGAAUAAUAGAAAUAGAAAAUAGAACUGUAU